AUUUUUUUACCUACGUGACUUUACCGAAUAGAACCAAAGAGUAUGGAUCCUUGCAGUCAUGAAAGCUUUAAAUCUAGAAUUUACUGUAGCAGUUCACAAAAUAUUUCUUAAGUUUUGUUUUGUUCAAAUCAUAAACACUCGCUACAACCCUAGAGCAUCUUCAGUUAAUUAGAAUGCUCUGAUCAUCUGUAACCGCUGUAAUGGUGUAUUAUGCCAAAUUAAAUGUCACGAUUCAUUGUAAUGUACUGGCAUCACGCUAAAAAUCACAAAUUCAACGAUUUUUUCGAGCAGUGCCUUUUCAAAAAUAUAUAUAUAUCUCUGCAAAUGCAGUCGUUUACUCUUGCUUGUGACCAGAUAUCACCCAAAAUGUGCUUGAUCUCAGAAACUAAGCUGGAAUUGAGUCUACAAUGUUCUUGGAUGGGCAACCUCCAUGUAAAAAAGCACGUGGCAGGGCUGUGGGGUUAUGUGGUGGGCAGCAGUGGGCAGGGCAGCAAAAUCCAUUGUUGCACUGAACUUUCUGCGUGACUUCACAUCCCCACACUGACCAGCAUGUUGAAGCGUGGUCAAAUAACCUCCAUGACCCACGUGGGGUGGGGAGGUCCUCAUUCAGCAGUGGAUCGACGAAAGGGCGAUACAAUGUACGCACGUACUCUUACAGCAACUGAAAUUAUGACAAUACCACGUUCUCCUUUAUUAUUCAUGAAAGUGCAAUGCGAAUAUUAUUUCAAAGCAAAACAUACCUUAAACGGUGUGAAACAUACUUAAUGGGCAAUGCUUUAUUCUCGUAAAAAAUAUAAACUGGCAUGGAAUCUACAACAGACAUUUCCUGAUAUUUACAUUGUGGACCUUUUUUUAAAAUGUGGUUUUGACAAACACUACAGUAUUCUACGUCGCACGAUGAAGAACCCGGUCACCUCCCUGCUUGUGUAACCUUUAAAACGCUUUUGGUUGGAGCAACUCUAAAAUAUAUUGUACGAUGCACUUUAGAUUUGUAAGACAUUUCCACAAAUACAACUCUAUGGAUUCUCGACCAGCCACUCUGUGCCUCAUUUGUCGUGUUCCCAGUGGGAGCAGUGGUUGUGUUGAUGCUUUGCGGUAUUUGGCAAUACGUGUACGACAGUGUUUGUAUUUAUCAUUUCGUCACGUUCACGGAGUGAUCAUAUAAUGUUCCCAAUCAAGUAAAUAACGCUUGUGCAAGAAUAGCAACUCGUCCACAUCACCAAGUCAAUAAUAAUCAUUUGAUAUGCGGCAAUUUUUCAGCCCUUUGUCAUUUCAAUGCUGGAUGAAGGCUUGCUUGUACGUUGUCUGUAGCCUUGGCGCUUGUGCAAGCUGCCCUUCCCUGGUCGUCCUCUUUUUGAGGUAGCCGUCCUUGGAAAUCUGCAACUCAUCAGUUGAGUAUUAAUACACCGCAAGAUAUUUAAUUUACAUAUAAUUCUGCUCUUUUCAGUGAUAGUGAGAUAUUCUCACUGUCCCGGAUUUUUUGGGCCACAGGUGACAACACCUUAUGCGUUGUCUGCGGAUAUUUUGGACCAUACUUCGCCAUGCUGGUCAGUGUGGGUUGGUGGCGAAGGGGAGGGGGGGGGAGCCCAAGAGACCGGUUCAGAUGUCACCUGCCACUAAAUGUUCCCCUCGGCUAGGAAUCGAGCUCGGGUCGCCAGGUUCACAGUGCACUGCGCUAACCACCGCCAAAAGCUCUACCGAGUCGAGGAUGGCAAGCGUGAAGUGUGCACGCCCUGUCGUCACAAAGCCGUCUUGGCCGAACAGGAGCCGCAUUUUUCAAUUGUUGGGAUUCCCCCACAGUGCCAGAUAGACUCGAGCCCUCAACCCCCGCUCCGUGCAGGGCUUGACCUGUGCAGCUUCGUGAGAAAGCGUGUGCCUUUUUUGUAACAAUGUAGGUCGAGGGGAUCUUUAUCUUGCAGCGUUCUCAUUUUGUGUGGAGAUAAACCGAGGGUGCUUUGAGCAGAGAGUUAAAAAAGGGCUUUGGAGGCCAUAGCCAUUAGGUCUCACGGUUCGUGGAGAGGAAAAUAAAUCCAGCAAUUACUGUAGUAUGUUAAUUGGCUAUGAAGAUCAUGUCUCGGUAGUCGCUUUACAAGUUUAGGACUCAAUGUAUUGCCGUGAUGGCGUUUAUACAGAAACACGUUAUAUCUUUAGCUCUUUCGGUAAAGUCACGUUGAAGGGAAACAAUAAAAUAAUAAAAUAUAUAUAAAAAACAAUAAAAAUUCUCAUGAUGCGUUAAGGUGCUGACUUGCACAUUAGUAAUUGUGUUUAUUUAUGCUAUUUGUAUAAUAUCUCGUCUAGACAAGAAAAACAUAAAAGUUACAUCCACGGAGGGGAUGGAAUAAUGAGAUCAAAUUGUGCGUAGGUGCUUUGUGGAUUCUUCCACCACGGGCUGGUUAGGUAGUGGCAACUUCAGAAAGCCUUCAUCCAGCAGUGGAUUGACCAUGGCUAAUGCCGAUGUGACCUUCCUAUAUUCCAAUCGGCUGAAUGUUUGUAGAUUUUAUGUAGGUACUAACAUUCUGACAAUUGAUUUAGUUUAACCGAUUAUUGAAAUAUCUAGUCAAUCUUCAAUGGUUCCUUUUAAUUGUCCCACGGGGUUGUAUCUUUAUCUGUCACUAAAUAAAUUUGUGCUAGCAUUUGCUACAACAGCUGUCAAAUACAUGACAUGCACUUGCAAAUCUCCUGCUGGCUGGUGUUAUAAAUUUUUGCAGUGCAUUUAUUGGAAUAAAAUUAAUGUUUAAAGAGGGUCAAAUAUUUAUAUUUUCAUGGACAGAUGACUGCAGUAUGUUGUUUUUCAGGUUUGCCUUUUGAGUGAAGCAUGAUUACGAACACACCCAAUCUGCAGGCAUAAAAGAACGGGUUGGUGACUGCAGAAUGCACACCUCUUCGACCAACAAAAUACAACCAAAACGAAUAGACAAAUGACCGACAGUGAGAGAGGGCGAAGGAGGGCGAGGGAGGGGUAAUAAGUGCUGGGCUGUUUUGGCGCCAGACGGCCACCAUACUGCUCGCCUCUGGAAGUCAUCUCUGAAACAUGCCGCUAAUGUCGUCCCCGCUGACAUGCUGUAGGGGUUUCCCGUCUGCCUGCUCCUCUUGAAGGCGGUUACCGAGCAGCUCGAGGCAAGCCACCCCCCCGCCCUUGGCGCUCACGUGCGAGCACAGAAGGGCUCCCUCUCGUGGAAGGGGACCGCGACCGCCACGGAGAGCGAGAGAGACGCAGGGGUGGAGAGGCGGCGGUGACGACGGGGCCCGUGGCAGGGCAAGCGGCCGGGGGCAAGGCGGUGCGCGACCGGGCGGUCAUGCCGGAGGCACUGCGAGGGCUCGACGGGCGUGGAUCCCCACGGCUGGUGGCCCCGGGCUCGUGCAGGGCUGGGGUGGCACCCGUGGCCCCCGAAGAGGUGGACCCAGCAGGGGGCUCCGUCGCUAGCCGCCCCGUGGAAGCGUGGGGAACCCCAGAGCAAGUGGAGCAGAGCCGCCUGGCGGGAGCGAGCGAAGGAGCGUCAGGAGGAGGAGGAGACGAGCUGGAUUGGGUGGAGAUGGGGACCGCCAGCGGUGACCAGCAGCACGGCGCACGUGUCCAGGGCCAGGUCCGCUUUGUGCGCCACCUGGCGCUGUUCCGCCACUACUUCCAGCACCCGUGGCUGCGCCUCUUCAUCGCCUACCUCGUCACACUCCUCAACUUCCUCAUGUUCGCCGAGGACCCCGUGUCGCACAGCCGCACCGAGGCCAACGUGGCGGUGGUGGGGAACUGCUUCUCCCUCGUGGUCAACAAGUACCCGGGCGGGUGGUGGAGCGUGCUCAAGGUGUGCACGUGGCUCUGCGGCAUCGCGGGCGGCAUGCUCGUGGGAAAGUUCAUCAUCCACCAGGCGCUGUUCGGCAACAUGCUGAGGCUGAAGAUGUUCCAUAAAGACCGGGGCACCUGGAUGGUCAUGUUUUUCACCUCCAUCAUGCUCCUCUUCUUUUUCUCACACAUCUACAACCUCCUGCUGACGUUCUCUCCCAACAUGACGGAAUACAUCGUGAGCGAUUACAUGGGGCUGAAGAAUGAAAACUUCAUGAGAGGAGCCGCCCUGGGAACGUGGAUGGGAGACUCCGUGACGGCGUGGAUGGUCACCGACAUGAUGCUUCAGGACACUAAGUACCCUGCCUGGGCAAAGUCGCUCCGCUGCUUUUGGAGGAGAGGAAACAACCGAAUCAUCGUGUUCUGGGUGGUGUGGCUGAGCCUGACCUCGCUCGUGGUGCUCGUUGUGUGCACCGACUGGAUCAGCUGGGACGCCAUCAACCAUGGCUUCCUCCCGAGCAACGAGGUGUCGCGUGCCUUCCUCGCCUCCUUCAUCCUCGUCUUCGAUCUGCUCAUCGUCAUGCAGGAUUGGGAGUUCCCUCAUUUCAUUGGAGCAAUGGACGUGAAACUGCCUGGCCUCCACACCUCCCACAUUCAGCUACAGCUGCCAAGAUGCAUCUUCAGAGAGGUUUACCACAUCCACAUCACGGGCAAAUGGUUUAACUACGGCAUCAUCAUACUGGUGCUCAUCUUGGACCUGAACAUGUGGAAGAAUCAGAUCUUCUACAAACCCUACGAAUACGGCCAGUACCUCUCCCCGAGCCUCAACAUCUACACGGUGACCAACGUGAGCCACUUCAGAGCCUUCAACGCGAGCACCUUCACCUGGGAGUGGCGCACCGCGCACGUCAACCCGGACACCAACCGCACAUAUACCCAGGGUGACCUGUUCAUGUUCAGCAAGUUCGUGGACACCGGUCUCUCCACCAAAUGCCUCGCCUUCCUGCCCAGCCUGCUGGCCUUCACCAUGUUCGGCAUCUUCGUCGUCGUCUUCGGCCGAUUCAAGGAGGGCGAGCUGCUGCCGGGGGACGUCAAGAUGUACCAGAAGGUGGAGAGUGUCGGCUUCCCGUGCUUCAAAACCAUGCUGCUGACCCGCGUGCCCAAAGGUCACGGUGGCGGCAGCGGCGACGGCUCGUGCCCAAGGCGAGCCGAAGCGGGCGACAAGGCCCUCCACGAUUUCCAGGCGGAAGGAGACCUCGGGAAUGUUGAGCCGCGUUCGAAGGUCGGCCGAGACUCUGACACGAACUGCGGCACGGAGGACGACUGCCAUGGCCGCUCGGACUCCCAACCCAACCCAGUGCGUGAAACGGAGCUCCUGUGACGAGUGUGGUAGAGAUACCAGUUCCUCCCCCCCCCCCCGCCCGCCCGCCCGGUUACUUUGAUGCCUUCAAACCGGCAUUACGCCUGUUGUGUAAAAUUUAACGAUAUCAAUAAAAGAAAACACGUACACGCCUUGCCUUAUAAAUAAAAUAGCUGCCCAAGCGCGAUGAGCCGGAGUCGCGUUAAGUGUGCACGCAAAUGCGGAACGCAGUUGGCUCGCUCGGCGGGGAGCGAGGGGAGGGUGUACGGAACCGUGCACGCGUGCGUAGGUUAAACGUGAUGAAUAUUUGUUGCUUAACUCUAAACGAAUAUAGAUUGGUUUGUUGUGGUGAAUAUGGUUCAAAUGUGGUCGACAGCUGUGCUGGUAAUGUAGAAGGCUAUUCGUGCUUGACUGCCAGCCCAUUUAAAACUACUGAGGUGUCACGUCCCCAUAAAUGCUCUGGCGUAUUGAACAUCUCCUCCCUUUAUUAAGUUGGAAACAAUACACCUGGCAUAGCCUGGAAUGGCUGUGUAGUUCUCAUUGAAAAAAGCCCAAGCAGAAAUAAGCGAUGAUCAGUGUGGUGAAGUAUGGGCAAAUAACACUCAUAUGACCUGCACGACGUGGGAAGGCCGUCAUCCAGCAGCGAAUUGACAACAAGGGCUGUUCACGUGGUCCAUCCCAUGACCUGUGAGCGAGCCUUCGACACUUCACACGGCCUCGGAGUGCACCUGGCCUGGCACAAGCGCCGUGGUGGCGUCCCCGCCAAUUGGUGGCGGCUGUUGCUGUUUGUUGCGGUUUGUUACUGUGGACAAGGACGGCAAAUCCUCGCGCAGCCUUCGGGUGACGCGAGCGGGCAGAUUGUCUGAGUGGGCAGUGCGACGGCCACUCGCACUCAGACAAAUGGGCGAUGGUCACCGCGGUACACCAAGGGAUGUACGUGCCUGCACGGACAAUAGCGAGACUUAAGUACAUUUUGAUUUAAAGCUUUUGUGACUGCAGGGAUUCAUAUUCUUGGUUCUUUCGGUAAAGUCACACAAGCAAUCAUCAUCAGGUGUGAUGAUGAUUGCUUGUGUUGCAGUCGAAACGUCGUGAGAAUUUGUUUUAGAUUUGUAUUAUUUUAUUGUUUCCCUUCUACGUGACUUUACCGAAAGAACCAAGAAUAUGAGACUUAAGUACUCGUGCUAACGUCUCGUUAUCGUCGGUGGUCACCGACAACUCCCUGGCUCGGAUGCAGUUGAACUGGGUGGCUGGGCACAGGACGUACGUACGUUGAACUUCUUUCGCACCGUACGUAGCCAACCGUGCUCAUCCGAGGUGCGGAUGCCCGGCACAGAGGAUGGAGUUCAAUCAUGUCCGAGCCGGAGCAUGUCGGUGACUCACCAGAUGAACACACGCGUAUUAAGCGUCUUUCCAGAAGAAGAAUCCCACACUACUUGGAUAAUUAAAGCUUAUGUGCGGAGCCUUUUCAAAAAUAUGAAGGUACUGCAAUGGGAGGAAAAAUGUUUUCUGUAUUUCACUGAGCUGUUCGGCAUGUUAAAACGGCACCCAGUAUGCCCGUUAACCUAAUUGAAUCUUAAAACUUCUGUAAGAAAUUUAACAAAAAAUGUUUGGCUUCCUUUAUUUUUUUUGUCACCGAUGCAAUGGCAUUUUUUCGCUGCAAACUCAGCUCUAAAUGUUUAAUAUUUGGGGGGGGCGGAAGGAGGGAGGUUGCUCAUUGCCCGCUUGGUUGUGGGUGUUUUGCGCACAAUGCACAGACACCUCUCGUUAUUAUUCAGAGAGCCGUUACCAAAAGACGCUCUCCGCUGAGGUAUCCGUUUGAUCGUUUAUAAACAACACAAAUAUCCGAAGAGGGUUUCCCCUUUUUUCUGGCAACAAAACAGCUGUGUUAAGAUGUUAAAACACCAAACUGAAAGCUUUUAUAAGGAAUCAUGUCUGCAUUAACCGCAAUACUUGUGGACAGAAUGCAAACAAAA